ACUAGCGAGACGAGAACCCCGCAGCUUGAUUCGCCCCCCCCUUUCGUAUAAGUCACGCCCAUUCGCGCGCAUCCGAGACACCCUCACCUACUCACUCACCUACUCACCUACUCGCCUGCGUUGUCUACAUACAUCCGCACCUCCAUCCGCGCCAGCAUCGCACAAACCAUCCUUUGUUAUCGCGCAGUCGGACGUCGUCGAAUCCUCCGCAUGGCCGACUUCACGGCGCCCGCCGGCCCGCCUCCGCCCAAGGUCCCGGAGGGCUGGGUCGCCCGCUGGAACGACCAGUACCACGAAUGGUUCUACGUAAACACCUACACCAAGCAGUCGCAAUGGGAGAAGCCGACCGAGCCCGCCGUCGACCCUAACGCCCCUCCCGGGCCCCCUCCGGGCUACACCCCGGGGUCCGGUCCCGCGCCCGCCGACGCCAAGACGAACCCUUUCGUCAACGAGGCCACGCGGCCCGGCGGCCCGGGCACGCCGUCCUCGGCGUCGUCGCAGCCCGCGCACGAGGACGCCGACGCCCGCCUCGCGCGCCAGCUGCAGGAGGAGGAGAACGCCCGCGCCGCCGCCGCGCGCGCCGCCCCGCCGGUCCCGCCCCAGGGCUACGCCCCCUACCCGGACCAGCUGCCCCCGCGCUCGUCCGGCAGCAACCCGGCCGACAAGGCCAAGGGCCUGCUGGGCAAGUUCUUCGGCGGCAAGAGCAAGCCUUCCGGCGCCGGCGGCCACGCGCACUACGGCGCCCCGCAGCCGCACUACGGCGCGCCCCAGGGCUACGGCGGCUACGGCGCGCCGCCGCCCGCACCCGGACCGUACGGAGGCUACGGCGCGCCGCCUCCCGGCGCCUACGGAGGCUACGGCGCGCCGCCCCCCGGCGCCUACGGCGGCUACCCCCCGCAGGGCGGCUACCCUGCCCACCAGGCCUACCCCGCCGCCGGCGGGUAUAAGAAGCCGGGCGGCGGCGGCGGCAUGGGCGCGGCCGGCGGCGCGGCCCUGGGUCUGGGCGCCGGCCUGAUCGGCGGCGCGCUGAUCGCCGACGCUAUCAACGACGGCCAGCAGGACGCCUACAUGGACGGCUACGCUGACGGGCAGGACGGCGACUUCGGCGGCGACUUCGGCGGCGACUUCUAGGCCCCCCCCCCGCCUGCGUCGAGGCUGUGCCGGGCUAAGCUGGGUAGUCAGCCGGGUCAUGGGAGAGAGGGACAGGGCCGCAGGGGGUGCGCCUGGCGGGCUUUUUUGCUGGGGAAUCGCACACGCUCGUGCGAUGGCAGGAGACGAUCGGUCGGCGACAGCAAGGGCGGAGGUCGGAAGGGGGUUGCGUGCGUGCGUGCGGUGCUUUUUUUCCCCGGAGUUGUACGCGCGCGAGGCCCGGUCCUAGGGUACAUCGCGCUCGCUGUUCGGCGUUGCUUGCGUCUGCCGCGAACGAAGACAUCACGAGAAGGGCGAGAAAUGGGGGACAGGGAGAAGGGAGGAGAGCCGCGGAGGUUCGGCGCGGAAGAAGUGCUGUGCUCGUUGCGAGACGGCGAGUCGGUAGUUACAUCAUACAUUCCGUAGCAUCCCCUCCGCGCCUCCUCCCGUAGCAUAGCCUCGUUUUUGGCUUGUUAUUUUUAUUUUAUUUUAUUCUUUUCAAUCCUAACUUGCUGCUCCUCCACCGCUCUCUUCGUCCGUGCGUGCUUCUCGCUGCUAGGGCCGACACACGUGUCUGGCUAUCCACCCCGGCCGGGCUAAACCCUCGCCCCUCCUACGCAUGCGGCGGCCCGCCGUGCGCGCGGGCGGAAAGCCCUCGAGCCAGGGCUGCCGCGCUUCGCGACUAGUUUUUACCUUCCCAACCUUCCUUGGGC